GGCAGCAGGAGCCCUGAGAGGUGGAUGCCAGGGAGCAAGUCCUCUUUUCUCUUUUUCCUCCCCUUCCCUUCACUCCAAGGACAAACUUCCCUGCCCCGGGUUGUUUUAUUGUUCCUUCCUGCAAAAGACAGCUCUCUUGCCUCUCCUUUCCCCUGAAUGAACCUGAGGAGCCUUUGGCAAUGGCACGGAAGUGGAGCAGCCCCCUCCCCUUCUUCUCCUCUUCCCCCUUCCUGAGGUAAAGGCUCGACCCUCUUUCUGUGUGUGUGUGUGGGGGGGGCUUUCAGCCCUUCAAAAUGGUGGCACUUAGUCUGGACCCCCCCUUCUCAAAAGCCUGGCUACGUCCCUGCUGGGUUUAGCUGUGGGAAUGUGAAUGGGAACUGCCAACAUAAGUUGAUACCCUGAAGCUCCACGGCUUUUUAGCCUGAGAGAGGAAUGCAGAGUAUGGGAUGGGAGGAGUUAUUAAUAGUGAAACCGGUACUUCUGAGCCACAAUUGGCAAGAAAUGCAUUAGAUCAGAGAUGUGAUCUAAUGCAAUAAAGUCUUUCUGGUUCAUCCACGAAGCCUAGUUAUAUAGAUAGAGACAUGACAUUGCAGCUGAAAUGUGUGGAUAAGAAGUAGCACUAUCUAGAAAGUGUGCCUUGUUUGGAUCCUGAAAAUUCAACUAUGGCAUCUAGUUUAUGAAUGACAUCUCAUCUGUGGUCCCACUAUCCUUGUCUCCAGUUAUGGAAUCUCUAUCAAUUAAGGCAAUGUUCUUGAAAGCUGCCACAGGUGCCGCUAAGGUUGUAAUUGUCUCUGCAUCUGGGAUAACUGCUCCACUUUUGUGUAGUGCUGUCAUAGUUGUGGGUGCUGCAAUUAUCGUUACCAGAAUCUACAACUCUGAUACAAGGAGUCGAGGCAAUGGGAGCCCACCCAGACCUAGUUGGCCCAGCUUUCCAAGCCCUGGGAAGCAGACGGAGGGGGCAGGCCCAGCACCAGGGGGUCAAGGACAUGGGAGCACAGCCAGACCUAGUAGGUCCAGCUUUCCAAGCCGUGGGAAGCAGACGGAGGGGACAGGCCCAGGACCAGGGGGUCAAGAACAUGGGAGCACAGCCAGACCUAGUAGGUCCAGUUUUCUGAGCCGUGGGGUGCAGACGGAUGGAGCAGGUCCAUCAGCAGGAGGUCAAGGCCAUGGGAGCCCACCCAGAUCUAGUGGGUCGAGCUUCCCAAACUGUGGGGUUCAGACAGAUGGGGAAGGCCCAACACCAGAUCAUGGCAUCCACAGGCGGGAGAGGACUGAAACAGAGCAAGGGGAGUUGAGGGAAGUUCAUGCAUCCCCUGAAGCCCCCUUCAUAAGUCAACAGCAAAAGAAGAGGAGGAAAGGUAAUUUUGACCUAAUUUUGUAGCUGUGAGGCAUGCAUACAAAGGUUAUCCAAGUGAUGGUGUCAGGCUUCGUGGCCUCAAACUACCAUCUGGUUUUGGGUCACCUUACUCUCUUCUUGGAGUGG